AUGAUGGGAAUGUUGACGCUUCUCGAACUCGCCGCCGCACCGAACGAACAGUCCUUGCUCGCCGGCGUCAUGGCGCGCCUCGGGGGCAUCCACGAGGAAGGCCUCUUCGGCGGCGUGCCGGCGUUCGUGGAUCGCGCGCUCGCCCCGGGCUACAGCGACCAGACCAAGGCGCUGUCCCUGAAGUCGACGGCCAGGGACAUCGCGACCCUGCGCCACUUCUUCCUCUCGCCGAACCUCGUCUGGUUCGCCAUGGCCCUGGCCAUGCACCUGGGCUGCCCCUACGACGUCGACGAUGCGGCCGCGGGCUGGGCGCGGGGCUGGGUCCUGAAGCGGCUCGCGCUGAACUUUUCGGUGGCGUUCGCCUACUACGGCUACUGGCACUUCAUGCUCUACCGCACGAAAGACCAGGGCGGCGCGAGCCGCAAGUACGAACCCGACUCCUGGCCGACGGCGGGCAACAUGGCCCACAAUUUGUGGUACUGGUCGCUGGGCGUGGCCCAGUGGACGUUCUGGGAGUGCGCGAUGUGUAGAAUUUGGGGAACCGGCGGCGCGGACUUCGCGACGGACGCGGCGGUUUUCGGAGAUUACACAUUACUCCUGAAGAACGCGGCGGUCCUGCUCCUGGUCCCCGUCUGGCGGGACUUCCAUUUCUAUGUCGCGCACCGCUUCCUCCACGUCCGCGCGUGCUACAAGUACGUGCACGGCCUGCACCACAGGAACGCGGACCCGGAGCCCUUCUCGGGCAUGUGCAUGCACCCCGUCGAGCACCUGUACUACUUCUCCAACGCCUUCUUCCCGACGCUGCUCGUCGACGGGCUCAGCCCGCUCGUGUUUCUGUGGGUCUUCGUGCACCUGUCGAUCGCGCCCGGCGCCGGGCACUCGGGCUUCGAGGACCACUUCCAGGCGGACCAGUACCACUACCUGCACCAUCGCAAGUUCGAAUGCAACUACGGAAGCCCCUCGUCGGCCUUUUUGGACCAGUUCUUCGGCACGUUCCGCGAGAAGCUGGGGAAAUCGGGCGCGUACUCGGGCGGCGCGGCCGACGAGCAGACGGCGGACGCGUUCGCGAAGCCGAACAAGGACGGCAGCGACCCCGCGGCCAAGGGGCCCAGGGGCAGAACGGUCUGGUCCAAGGAGGGCUACCUCGGCCGCCCCCAGAGCGCGACGCACUUUGUGUAUUCCUGCGUGGUCACGCCCGCGCUGGCGGCGCUCGCGGUUUCUGUCGCUGUGGGCCCCGCGCUGUCCGAGCGCGACGCGUCCCUGGCCGCGCUCCUCGUGAGCGUCUUUCCCGUCGUCGCCGCGCUGGUGCUCUGCUGGGUGUCGCGCGACGCGCUCUCCUGGCGCUGGCCCUUCCACAAGGAACGCGGCGCGUUCCUCCUCUUCCAGGCCCUCGCGGGCCUCUGCUGCGUCCUCCCCGUCUUCAUGGCCACGCGCCUCGUCGCGCUCGCCGCGGGCCCCGGCGCGCCGGCGACGCCGCCGUCCCAUGCCCCCCUGCCGGCGCCGUCGUCCGCGAGCUCGCUGGCGACGCUCGGCAGCCGGUCGGCCUUCGACGUCUUGAGCGACGGCCCGCUCGAGCACGUGCUCACGUUCCUCGAUUGCAAGGCCCUCUGCGUGUCCAAGGUCGCCAUGCGCGACUUCUUAACCGUCACCGCCCACCCGCGCUUCGUCGCCCGCCUCAAGCGGCUCCGCGGCUUCGACGACGCGCCCAUGGCGCCCAUGGUCGACGCGCGCGAGCGGUCGUUCCACCUCGACACGGCCGCGCUGGCCACGACGGUCGAGCGCGUCGCCGUCUUCGAGGAGCUCCGGGCCCUCGAGCGGAACCACGUCGCCUUCCACCUCGCGACGCUGACGCCGACGCGUAGAUCCGCGCGGCUCGUCGCCAAGUGGGUCGGGCUCCUCAAGCGCCACCCGUCGCUCCGCGUGCGAAUCGACGCGCACUGCGGCGUCGGCGCACCGGCCUCCAUCGCCCCGGAGCACUCCGUCCGGCGCGCCCUCAAGGUCGCGUCCAUGUUCAAGCGCGCGGGCGUCGCUGUCGAGCGGCAGGCUGUACGGCAAGAGGCGCUCGCGUGGUCCUACGACGUCGGCCUCGCGCACUUCUGGCCGCCGAGCCAGGAGUUCGCGCGCGCGGAGAUCUACGCGUCCUUCCCGCAGGCGGGGCCGGCCUUCGCGCCGUCGCUGCCGCGCUACUACGACAACAUGCGCCCCGCCGCGCGCCUGUCGUCCGACAUCCUCCGGGAGAUCCUGUCGCAGGACGACGACACCGACGAGCUGCCCGAGUCCGACGACGACGACGACGAGGACGAGGACGACUCCGUCGGCGGCGGGCACGUGUACGCCUCGGACAGCGACGGCGACGACACGGGCGGGUCGUCCGAGGAGGAGGAGGACGACGACGGCGAGGCGCCCGCCUGCUCGACGUGCGCGCCGCGGCAGACGAUGUCUGGCAAGGAGAACUUCGCGAGCCCGCCGGCGCACGGCGGCGCUGGCCGGACGCCGCUCCAGGACGCGGAAAACAUCACCUUCCGCGGGAGCGAGGUCGACCUCUUCUCGCCGAGCCAGGAUAUCUUCUCGCCGCACAUCACCGUGCGCAAGCGGCGCCGCGGCCGCCGGGCGCACCAGGACGCCGAGGCCUGGGCGUCGCCCGUGCCCGCGGACGACGACGAUGACGACGAGGCGCCCUUCGUCCCGCCGGGCCUCGUCGUCGAGCGCGACGUCGCCGCGGAACCGCAGGCGGCGGAGCCGGCGCCGGAGUCCGCGCCCGUCUUGUCUCCCUGCGGCGACGCCGGCCCCGAGGUCGUCGCUCUCGCCGACGCCGAGGACGGCGACCCGUCCGCGGGCUACGAUCCGCGCUCGCCGGCGAAGCCCGCCCCCAACCUCACGUGCGUCUCGCUCCGGAAAGUCGAGCGGCCGGCGGCGACGACGCGGCCCGUGUCGCCGGAGAAGCUGGACUUCGUCGCGGAGCUCGUCUCGCCCCUGCUCGCGUCGCCGGAGGCGUUUCGGGACGGGGGGCUCGCGUCGCCCGAGCCGGCGGCCGCGCCGGAACCGCCGCUCGAACCGCCGGCGCCGCUCCGGAGCGGCCGCGCGCGGCGGUCGCUGGACGCGCUGACGACCUUCGCGGACCGCACGGCCGACGCGCUGCCGCUCGCCGAGGUCGAGUUCCGCCGCGCGACGACGCGCGACCGGGGCGUCGUCCACCCGAACUCGUCGUUCAGACGCCUCUGGGACCUCGCGGCGAUGGUCGCGGCGCUGGUCGUCGUCGCCGGCGGCGCGCCCGCGGCGCGGGCCCGCGCGCCGCGCGUCGCGACUCUGGUCGACGCCGGCGGCUCCGCCUUCUUCCUCGCGGACGUCGCGCUCAACUUCCGCACGGGCUACGUUUCCAAGGGCACGCUCGUGCUGCGGUCCGGGCGCAUCGCGGCGCGCUACGCGUCGACGUGGCUCGCGCCGGACCUCGUCACGGCCCUCGGCCACAGCGCCCUGGUUCGCGACGGCGCCGCGGCGCUCUACGGUGCCUGGCGCGGCCGCGGCGGAACGCCCGCGGCGCGCCGCUGUUCGAAGGGGUCGCGCGACUCGCUCUUCGCGCACUGCUGGCCGCCGCCGCCGUCGCCGCUGCAGAUUUUGCGGAACGUGCGGGGCGCCCUCGGCGCGCGGCGCGCGCUCCAGCGGCGCGGCCCGUCCUUCCUCGGCGCGACCGUCGACGCGUGGCUCUGGUCCGCGGCGAAGGACCCCGCGUCCGCCGUCGCCACGAUAUUACGGCUCGUCAAGCUCCUCGUGGCCCUCAAGUGCCUCAAGUGGGCCAAGCUCCUCCACGUCCUGCUCCGCGCCCUCGCCCUCGCCCGCAGCGGGCGCAAGCGCGCGGACGCGAAGCGCGCGGACGCGGCCGUCGUCCGCACGCCCGCGAAGGAGCUCCGCGCGAGCCGCACCGUGACCCGGCGCCGGGGCCGCUUCUCCGUGCUCUAA